GAUGCCCCACCCCAAGGAGCAGCACACCCCAGCCUGAGCCGGUGUGAGGGGCAGAGAUGGCGCUGAGCCCCGAGUCUGCAAGCGGGGUCCCCGUGUUGGCCGCCACCAACAGCUCUGUGCCUGAGCCGCCUGGCGGCCCCAAUGUGUCCCUCAACAGCUCGUGGGCCAGCCCCACGGAGCCCAGCUCCCUGGAGGACCUGGUGGCCACGGGUGCCAUCGGGGCGGUGCUCUCGGCCAUGGGCGUGGUGGGCGUGGCGGGCAACGCCUACACGCUGGUGCUCAUGUGCCGCUCGCUGCGCGCCGCCGCCUCCCUGUACGUCUACGUGGUCAACCUGGCGCUGGCCGACCUGCUCUACCUGCUCAGCAUCCCCUUCAUCGUGGCCACCUACGUCACCAAGGAGUGGCACUUUGGGGACGUGGGCUGCCGCGUCCUCUUCAGCCUGGACUUCCUGACCAUGCACGCCAGCAUCUUCACGCUGACCGUCAUGAGCAGCGAGCGCUACGUGGCAGUGUGCAGGCCGCUGGACACGGUGCGGCGCUCCAAGGGCUACCGCAAGCUGCUGGCGCUGGGCACCUGGCUGCUGGCGCUGCUGCUGACGCUGCCCGUGACGCUGGCCGUCCGGCUGGUGCGCAGGGGCCCCAAGAGCCUGUGCCUGCCCGCCUGGGGCCGGCGCGCCCACCGCGCCUACCUGACGCUGCUCUUCGGGACCAGCAUCGUGGGCCCCGGCCUGGCCAUCGGGCUGCUCUACGCACGCCUGGCCCGUGCCUACUGGCGCUCGCAGAGGGCCUCCUUCACGCAGACGCGCCGGCUGCCCGACCCGCGGGUGCUCCGCCUCAUCCUGGGCGUCGUGCUGCUCUUCUGGGCUUGCUUCCUGCCCUUCUGGCUGUGGCAGCUGCUGGCCCAGUACCGCGAGGCCCUGCCGCUCACGCCCCGGGCCGCGCGCAUCGUCAACUACCUGACCACCUGCCUCACCUACGGCAACAGCUGCGUCAACCCCUUCCUCUACACGCUGCUCACCAAGAACUACCGCGAGCACCUGCGCGGCCACCCGCGAUCGCUGGGUGGCGGCCCUGGGCCCGCAGGCGUCCACGGUCCCGGCAGUGCCCCCGUCCGCUUCCAGCGCGGCUCGGGCCGCUCACUGUCCUCCUGCAGCCAGCAGGCCACUGAGACCCUUAUGCUGGCCCCAGCGGCCGCUGGGGAGCCUGAGCCUGGGGGUCCCGUGGGCCCCCGUGUGAGCAGGGGCGGCGGCUGGAGCCAGGCAGAGAGGGCCCCUGCGCAGAGCCCCCCCACUCCCGACUGCUGGGCCUGCCGUCCUCAGUCCUCUUCGGAAGCUUCCUCUCUGCCUUCCCCGUGACACCCCGCCCCGUCUCUGCGGGUCUCCAGGGGUCUCAGGGCCCGACCUGGCCUCUGAAGGCUGCGGUGAGUCCACCUUCUGGUGGCUGGUGGCCCCACGGCACCCAUGGCCCUGGGCCCCCUGUGUGGCCCCAAUGCCCGCGUCUUCAGCGCUUGAACAAUAAAGCCCAAGCGGCCGUCCGAGCCCUGCCUCAGCACCAGGGAUGGCAUGUGGGAGG